AUGGUUCAAUCCGCAUUGGAUUUGCUAUCGAUUGAAAAAUACUUAUGCGAGCUUGCUCAAAAGCAUGUUGGACCUAUAAUAAAGGCAAAAUCGGGCACUCAGCACACUUAUGAUGCUAAGAGUGGAUCCAGAGCCGUAGAUAUUGUUACUGCCAUCGACAAACAGGUGGAGAAACUUAUCUGGGAUAACGUGAAGCAGAAAUAUCCAGAAUUCAAGUUUAUUGGAGAGGAAAGCUAUGUCGCUGGCCAAACCAAAAUCACGGACGAACCUACAUUCAUAAUCGAUCCAAUUGAUGGCACAACAAACUUCGUCCACGACUUUCCUUUCAGCUGCACUUCGCUAGGGCUAGCGAUCAAUAAGGAACCAGUAGUGGGCGUCAUAUACAACCCUCACCUGGAUUUAUUGGUCUCUGCUUCGAGGGAUAAUGGUAUGCGUGUGAACGGACAAGAUUUUGAUUUCAUGGCCAAAAAACAUGAAAUGGGUCCAUUGCAUUUGGCCAAAUCAGUCGUGGCUUUGCAGCCAGGAUCGGCCCGGGAAGGACCCAAUUUCACUACCAAGAUGAAAACUUACGAGAAGUUGCUGUCUUGCGAUGGUGGAUUCGUUCAUGGUUUUCGAAAUCUAGGAUCUAGUGCGAUGACUUUGGCUUAUAUUUGUCUCGGAUACCUGGAUAGUUAUUGGGAUGGUGGGUGUUAUGCCUGGGAUGUUUGUGCUGGGUGGUGUAUCCUGAGAGAAACUGGUGGAAGAAUUGUGGGAGCCAACCCCGGAGAAUGGGAAGUACCGGUUGAUAACAGAACCUACCUUGCUGUUCGCGGCUGUGAAAACAAGCAAGAACAGAACGAAUACAUUGAGAAAUUUUGGGAUUGCGUUGAGGGCAAACUGAAUUAUACAUAG